CGGUGCAGACGCCGCCGUGAGCAGACGUGACGUCGACGUCUCCCAGUGGACGCCUACGGUCAGGCGGCGGCGGCGGGCUUCCGCGAGUGGAACGGGAAAAACCCGUGAGCAGCGGACCGGCGUCCUAGCGCGCAGAUUUCGGGGGCGGACAGUUUAGACGCGUGGCGCCAGACGCUGAGGAGCCGAAGAAGUCGAGGAAUGUGAGCGAAGGUCGUGAUGGGACCCAUGCUGCCGCCGAUCGUCACAGCAGUAGUACUGCUCGCCGCGCUGCAAGCGGCCUGCGUGGGCGGACUGAAGCUGCUGCGGCUGCAGGUGCCGCAGUACAAGCUGCGCGGCGACCAGGCGCUGCUGCAGUGCCUGUACGACCUGGAGGACGACGCGCUCUACUCCGUCAAGUGGUACAAGGACGACGAGGAGUUCUACCGAUACGUGCCGCGAUCACACCCGCCGCAGCACAGCUACAAGAUCGAUGGAGUCAGGGUGGACCACCAGCGCUCGGACGACAAGAAAGUGGUGCUGCACAACCUCAAUCUCAAGUCCUCGGGCGACUACCGGUGUGAGGUGUCAGCCGAGGCGCCGUCGUUUGCCUCUGCGCAGGCUGAGGGCCACAUGGACGUCGUCGCUCUUCCCAAGGACGGGCCGCACAUCUACGGGGAGGAGCGGCUGUACCAGGUGGGCGACGAGAUCAGCCUCAACUGCACAUCCGGCAAGUCGCACCCGGCGUCGGAGCUGAAGUGGUUCAUCAACGACCAGCAGGUGCCCGACGACGACCCGCGGCUUGAGGCGUUCCCGGAUGAGCGCGACGCGCACGGACUGGUGUCUUCGUCGCUGGGCCUGCGGUUCGCGGUGUCGGGCGCGCACUUCGUGUCGGGCUCCAUGAAGCUGCGCUGCGUGGCGGAGGUGGCGCCGGUGCUGUGGCAGGGCGACAGCGAGAGCGUCGUGCAGAGGGUCACCCCGCCCCCCAACACCGUGCGGGAGGCGCUCUUCCUCGUGCGCGGUCGGUCGUCGCGACCCCUGGCCGCCGCCGCCGCGGUGCUGACCUCGCUGCUCAUCAGUGCCGUCACGUGACUGCUCGCAGUUUCGCCGCCGUCGGCGCCACCGCCGACGCGCCACUGUCGUCUGUGAUAACCCCCGAAAACAACACCCUCUCGUCUCACGCGACCUGUACCUUGCCGUUGUCGCCUACGUUCUCCGUGCUCUUCGACGUCUAGCCUAAAGACACCUUGUGCGUGUAUAUAUGUGUGUGUGUGUGUGUGUGUGUGUGUGUGUGUGUGUAUGUGUUCAUGUGCGUUUG